CAGCGACCAGGUGCGCCUGCGAAAUCGCCCAGAACACCUGCGUCGUUGGCGCUUGAACUUAUGACGGCACGCGGUUUCACACGUCUUCCCACGCACAAACAGGAUUGUUGUUCCACUGCUUCUGCGCUACAAUCUUCGCUCUCUCUGGGCAACAAGCACUCGACAAUACUCACGUCCCCUGGCGUAAAUUACCACCAUGGGCAAGCCACGGAUGAUUAUCUUGGUGCGCCAUGCGCAGUCCGAAGGCAACAAGAACCGCGAUAUCCACCAGUUCAUACCCGACCACAGGGUCAAGCUGACACCCCAUGGCUGGAGCCAGGCAGAGGAAGCAGGACGGCAACUUCGUUCUUUGCUCAAACCCGACGAUACGCUCCAAUUCUUCACCUCACCCUACCGCCGCACGCGCGAGACCACCGAGGGCAUCCUCCGCACCCUCACCUCCGAUGACCCCACUCCCUCUCCCUUCCCGCGCCACAAGAUCAAAGUCUUCGAGGAGCCGCGACUCCGUGAGCAGGACUUUGGAAACUUCCAGCCAUGUUCGGCAGAGAUGGAGAGGAUGUGGCAGGAGCGGGCCGACUACGGCCACUUCUUCUACCGCAUUCCCAGUGGAGAGAGCGCGGCAGAUGCCUAUGACCGAAUAAGCGGCUUCAAUGAAAGCAUGUGGAGGCAAUUCGGAGAGGAAGACUUCCCCAGUGUUUGUGUGCUGGUCACCCAUGGCCUGAUGACGAGAGUCUUCCUCAUGAAGUGGUACCACUGGUCCGUCGAAUACUUCGAAGACCUACGCAACAUAAACCACUGCGAGUUCAUCGUCAUGAAGCAGAACCCCACCAACGGAAAGUACAUCCUGGAGAACGAAUUGCGGACGUGGUCCGACCUGAAACGGCGUGCUGCAGUGGCAGGCACCCCCAAUGGAAGCGCACCCACUCCAACCAGAGCUACGCCUGCUUCUGCGAACGCGAAUUCGUCCCCCAUUAUCCCUGUGCGCCGCUGGGGAGGAUGUGUGAAUGGGUGUAACCAUGAUAAGAUCAGCUGGCCGCGAAGGAUUAUGCGGAAGAACACUGCUGACUUUCUCGGCAACCAAUCCCUGCCUCCCUCACACUUCGACGGGGAGAAGGAAGAUCACCCAAUCGCAUCGCAGGAAGCAGACCAUGCACCAGCCAUCAAAGAACCCUCGCCCUCCAAGGUGGCGCGCAAGCCAAGCAACAAAAAUGUGCCGAUUCCUACCAUGCCUCUGACGCCUGCGUCCCCGAAUGACGCCUCCGACGAUGCUUCAUCGAGCUCCAACGAAGAGGUGGUACAGAGUAGCGAACAAGAGGAGGCCGCCGCAGCAAUCCCGCGGACUCAUCAGCAUCCGGCACCGCGAACUGCUGCGAUUCUACGACAUCUAUACCCACGCGACUCCAGUGGUAGCAGCACGGUGGUCUCUCCCGGUGAAGGUCUCUCCGACGACUCGGACUACUUCCCCGGCAUGCGCCAUGCCCAUUCACACAACGGCACGCACAGCUCACCGGGCAAAUCGAAGCUUCGAGCGAGCUCCAAGGCGCGGCAGCAGAGCAAGGACCGCAAAGCCGCCCGCAGGAUGACGGAGAAGAGCUGGAAGGAGGAGUCCGGUAUGGGAGCCGGUGCUCGUGCGGACGCGCUCGGCGACGGAGACGAGCAAAGCGACGAGGUUCCAGAGCCCAACACCAAGACAGUUGCGCCCACUACCAUCGAGGGCGAGGGUAUGCCGAUAUUGAGGGAGGCACUCAAAGGUGAUAUGAUCGUGGAGAAAAGCGAAGACGAAAGGCCAAACGACGAGGAAGAACUAACGAUACUUGAUGCCGAGAAGAAAGUGGGCGAGAAAGAAAUUGAGAGAAUGAAGGAGGCGUCGCGGAAAAGCUUUGAUGAAGUCUACUAGCUGCCGUUAGUGUUUUGGUGCCUGAUGCAUUGCGCGGAGUAACUAUGAGCAAGCAUACUAUGACAUGAAUGAACUUUGAGAUAACAUCUUAGCCUACGUACGUGGGUCGGCAAGGCGUUUGGAUAGAGGUGAACGAACACGUCAAUCAUUG